CGGUGCUGCGCGGCGGCUGCGCAGAGCGGAGCCGCCAUGACCGAGGAACGGUUGCGGCGGGUCCGCGACCGGGUGCGGCCCUUCCCCGAUUUCCCGGUGCCCGGUGUGCUCUUCCGCGACAUCAGCCCUUUGCUGAAGGAUCCUGGAGCUUUCGGGACUUUGAUUGAUCUUCUGGAAGAGCAUUUGAGGGCAUCUUUCCCCCAGGUCGACUUUAUUGCAGGCCUGGACUCCCGUGGUUUCCUCAUAGGACCCUCUCUGGCUCAGAGGCUGGGGAUCGGCUUCGUGCCGAUACGGAAAAAGGGGAAGCUUCCCGGUCCGACCGAAUCCGUCUCCUACGCCCUUGAGUAUGGCAAGGCUGAGCUUGAAAUCCAGAGUGAUGCCGUGGAACCGGGCCAAAAAGUCGUUAUUGUGGACGACUUGCUUGCGACUGGAGGUACCAUGCGUGCAGCCUGCGAGCUGGUGACGAGGCUGAAGGCUGAAGUCCUGGAGUGCCUGGUGGUCAUAGAGUUAAAGCUCCUGAAAGGGUCGGAAAAGCUCAAGUCCGUCCCUUUCUACUCUCUGCUGCAGUACGACUGAGGAGGAGCAGGGAGUGCACGCCCUGAGCUGCGCACGAGUUUGGGGCUCUGUUCAGUGAUUCUUGAUGUCACAAGGGGGUGGGCAGGGGGGGGAACCUACGAUUUUGAUCCUGGCCAGUUGCUAUACAGUCAUAAGUCCUGUUUGUUUUCCAAGCCACAGAUUAAGGUGUGUUGAGUGUAAGGAUCCUUUUUGGAAUUUAUCCUUUUGGGAAGAAGGAACAGCCUAAUUUUUUUAGGGGAUGGAGACCAAGAUGCAGCUUCACUUAACUGAUUAUUUUUUUUUUUUUUAGGAGACCAAAGUGAAAAUACUGCUGCUGAGGCAGGAGAGGUCCAGUAGCUUAGGGGGCCCAGCCUUCCCUUUUAGUUGAGCCGUGCCUGGUCAGCCUCCUAGGAACCCGUUAAAAGUUUGCCAAAGAAACACAGAAGAUGGGUAAAAAAGUGAUUAUUUGUCUAAGGGAUAAAUCCCUCAGUACUUGACCUCAGAGGAAGGUCUGAUUGCUCUCUGCUGUUGCUCACAACAGAGUAGGUUGCUCUUAAAUUAAGGUAGUGCUUGUUAAGGAGAAUUAAGUGCCUGCCCAGACCUGUGUCCUGAAAUCAGGAGGCAGCUGCUGCCAACGCAGUGGAGGUUGCUGGUGUAGAUGAGCUCAAGCAGGAUGUCAGCUUGCAGCUUGGCUCGUGGUCUCCUUCCCUUGAGACCGCAGGAAGCUGAAGGUCUCUGCUGUAGGAAGCCUUCCCUUGCUCCAGGGCACUUCUUAGCCGGGGAUUUUGCAAAACUGGGAGCAGUCGUAGCACACAGCUGGGCAACAGGCAGGGAGGAAGGGGCCAGGCACACGCUGGGGGCUGUUCACCUGCCUGCUGCCCAGCAGCCCCAGCCAGGCCUGGCAGCUUUUGUUCAUUUGUUCAGCACAAAUUCCCCAUCUACUGCAAUAUUUCUGACUCCUCUUUGCCGUGUUCUUGGGGCAUCAGGACAUUGGAAGGACGAUGCCAGUUCGGAGCUCAUGCUUGUUGGCAGAUAAGGUCAGAGGAAAGAAAGAAAAGGUGUUAUACUUGCAGCUGAGCUCCGGUGGUCUCACUCGGGUUGCGUGAUGGAUGACGUGGGGUUUGGAGAUGCUCCUUAGAGCACGGUUCAAGUUUGGUCACAGGGGUAGCUCUCAGACCCAGUGUGCCAAAACCUCCGCGUGCUGGAAAACAUUAGGGACUGUGUCCGUGUACUAGGGCUUGAACUCGCUGGUAAAAUAAAUGCUGACUUAUUUUUUCUAAA